AUGUCUGAGAUUGGUAGUGAAAAAUCCAAGUGUACAUGGACACCAAAUACUACUUUACACAAUCCUCAUAACCACGAGGAGCUCAAGCCCGAAUCACCAAUUAUCAAUUCAAUUCUCGAUCACAUUGGAAACACACCACUCGUAAGAAUAAAUAAUAUUACCAAAGCCGAAGGGAUCGAAUGUGAGAUAUUGGCGAAAUGUGAAUUUUUUAAUGCCGGAGGUUCG